CACCAUGUAUAUAUAUAUAUAUAUAAAACUUAAGUCCUUAUAUAUUUCUUUUUCCAACUCUAACCUCAACAAUACUUUAACCCACAAAAUUUUUACUCUCAUCACCAAACACCUACUUCAAAACCCCACUUUCAACACUUUAAACUCUCUAACUACUACCCAACACUCCUCUUCAUCAAACUCAAUAUUUCCACCAUCUUUUUCUACACUUUCAAGACCUUGAACACCCCCCACUCCACCCCCUACACACAAACACCACCAAGAAAAAAGAUGGAGAAUGAGAAAGGGCUACCACCACUAGUAGUGGAUCAACAAAACACUAAUUACUAUUCAUCAUCUUCUUCAAGUAGUAAUACACAUAAAUCUAUAGAAACAUUGCUAGUUGUACUAGCAAUAAUAACAAUACUUGGUGUUAUUGCUAGUAUUAUUGCUAGGCUUUGUGGUGGUAGACAUUUUAGUGGUAAUGGUGAAGAUGAUAUUGAAGGAUGGGUUGAAAGAAAAUGUAGAAGUUGUAUUGAUGGUGGUAUACCUAAUACUUCACAACCAUCACCACCAUCACCGUCACCAGCUAAAGAAGAAGUUAAGACAAUAACGACAACGACAACAACACAAGAAGAAGGAAAGAAGUAAAAGAGAGAAAAUAAAAGUAUAGUAAGGGUUCUCUUUUUUAUUCUAUUUUUUUUUUAAUUUA